UCUCGGGGAGUUUCCGAGAGCAGGAGUUUGAAAAACAAGCCCCCAAUCCGUGCAUGAACACAGCAGCACGUCAGGCCGCCUUUCGAGAGAUUGUGCACAGAGGAAGAGCUGUUGGGUUUUUUUGUGUGUGUGUGUUGCAUGUGGUCUGGCGGACAGGGGGGGUGUGGGAGUGAGAGACGGAGACGGUGCAGACGCGGAGCCGUCUGUCUGUGAAGGGGUGUGAUGAUAGAGGAGGAGGAGGGUUGGGGCUGUGCUCAGCGACUUACAAAGAGAGAGAGAGAGAGGGGGGAAGAGGGAGAGGAAAGAAGGAGGCGAAGAAAGCGGACGGGACAGCAGGAUUGGAAACGAGACUGUUGAGCUCCCGCCCGCUAUCGGAGGUGAGGACGUCCCCCACCUCCCCACCCCCAGCAGCCGACCUCCUUCCCGGACCCCCUCCCCGGACCAUGGCCGCGGUGACCAGCCCGGAGUCCAGUCCCCAGCCCCGGGUCUAUUUCCAAACGCCGCCCGGCGCCGAGGAAGCGGAGGUCCCGGUGCGGAAGCAGGGACGCGUGACGGUGAAGUACGACCGCAAGGAGCUGCGGAAGAGACUGAACCUGGAGGAGUGGAUUAUCGAUCAGCUGACGGAGCUGUACGACUGCGAGGUACCGUGUAGCGCGGCUCGGAUCGAUCGAUCGAUCGAUCGGCGGAGGGGAGGGGUGUUUGCGAGUAGCCGUGCGGGAGAGGCCGGCAUCUGUAAUCGCUGAGCCGAGGGGGUGCCGGCAUCUGUAAUCGCCGACCGGGGCUGAGCCGGUGGCUGUUCAGGGCUCAGACUGCCGGCGAGGCGGGCGGGGGGGGUGGUGCUUAAAAUUCUUUGU